AUGAGCUGGAGACCUACUCGACGAGAGGCUAUGGUUGUAUUUGACAAGGGAUUCGCUUCGUCUAUAAUUCCCGGUGUAAAUGGACACCUUUAUAUGCUUUCAAAACGUCUAGUCAUGCUGGGCCCUCUCACACGCUGUAGACUGGUUCGCCAGCGUGGACUUCACUACCGUCUUCUCUUAGGGUUGUCAACAUGUUUGUGUGUCUGGACAGCGCUGGAAGUGCUUUUCAUUCAGCACCGAGCCUCCGCUGUGGAUCGUAUUCCGUCCACUCCCGCACACCACUUCGAGCGAAUAUUUGUUGCUAGUACGCACUGGAACAACGAGGCUAUCCUUCGGAGCCAUUGGAAUAAUGCUAUGAUAGAACUAGUAAAGACGUGGGGCCCGGAGAAUAUUUUUGUGAGCAUUUUUGAAAGCGGGAGCUGGGAUGACAGCAAGGGAGCGCUCCGGGAUCUCGACUGCGAGCUAGAUCGAUUAGGCGUACGGCGAAACCUUACACUCUCUGAGAUAACUCACCAGGAUGAGAUCUCAGGUCCUCUAGGUGAUGGUUGGAUCGACACUCCCCGUGGCCAAAAGGAAUUGAGACGCAUACCUUAUCUUGCUCGGCUGCGCAAUUUAACCUUACGCCCCUUGGAGGAUCUGGCACGGAACGGCAUAGUAUUCGACAAGGUGCUUUUUCUAAAUGAUGUGAUCUUCACUGUGGACGACGUGAUCUCGUUGCUAAACACAAACAACGGUGUUUACGCCGCUGCUUGCGCUUUAGAUUUCUCUAAGCCUCCUCAUUACUAUGAUACAUUUGCUCUGCGUGAUUCUAAUGGAGAUGAGACUUUGAUGCAAGAAUGGCCUUAUUUCCGUAGCGCAACUUCGCGGGAUGCACUGCUCGCUAUGUCUCCUGUACCGGUGAAGAGUUGCUGGAACGGUAUGGUAAUCAUGCCUAUAGCCCCCUUUCUAUCGGACCACCCGUUGCAAUUCCGCGCAAUACCCGAUUCUCUGGCGCAACUCCAUUUGGAGGGCUCCGAAUGUUGCCUAAUUCAUGCAGAUAAUCCUCUUUCCUCCGCACAAGGCGUCUACUUGAACCCUAGAGCUCGUGUGGGUUAUAAUGCCCCGGCAUACGCCGCCGUUCAUCCUCAUACGGCGUGGAUCUCGCUGCACAAUGUUGCGCUGGCCCUUUGGGAAAACCGAAUUCGACGCUGGACCACAAACUUGUUCUUCAAAAAAUGGGUCAUUCGAAGAAGAGUCACCAGCUGGGAGAGACAUCAUGGUGCCCGUUUUGAGCCUGCGACAUUUUGUUUGAUCGACGAGAUGCAGGUCCUGGUGGGGAACGGAUGGGCUCAUGUGUGA